GAGGGGCGGGCCCGGUGAGCUGGACGCUGGGCGCUGUGGCGCUCGGAGAGGUUUGGUGGAGGGGAGCCUGCCUUCGCAGGUAUGCAGAAAAGCCUUUUCAUCCAGAUGUCCUUAGAGAUAAUAUGGAUCAGUCCAGAGUUCUCCUCUGGGUGAAAGCAGAACCCUUUAUAGUGGGUGCCUUGCAGGUCCCCCCUCCAUCCAAGUUCAGUCUUCACUAUCUCAGGAAGAUAUCCACCUAUGUGCGAACCCGGGCUGCAGAGGGAGCUUAUCCACGCCUCUACUGGUCUACAUGGAGACAUAUUGCAUGUGGAAAGUUGCAGUUGGCUAAGGAUCUGGCAUGGCUUUACUUCGAACUAUUUGAUAGUCUUUCAGUGAGGACACCUGAGGAGCGCCUGGAAUGGUCUGAGGUUCUGUCCAACUGCAUGUCUGAGGAUGAAGUUGAAAAGCAGAGAAAUCAGCUUUCAGUGGACACCCUACAGUUUCUGCUCUUCUUAUACAUACAGCAGUUAAACAAGGUCUCGCUGAGGACAUCUUUGAUUGGAGAAGAGUGGCCUAGUCCUAGAAACAGAUCUCGGUCUCCUGACCUGACUGGAAAACCCAAUUGUCAUAAUAAGAACUGGAAUGAUUACAGUCAUCAAGCAUUUGUCUAUGAUCAUCUGUCAAAUCUCCUUGAGCUGCUUUUAGAUCCUGAACAACUCACUGCAUCAUUUCAUUCAACUCAUAGUAGUCUGGUCUCUCGAGAAGCUGUUGUGGCACUCAGCUUUCUCAUUGAAGGUACUGUAAGUAGAGCCAGGAAAAUCUAUUCACUUCAUGAACUUGCACUGUGGCAACCACUGCAUGCAGAAAGUGGCUUCUCAAGGAUCUCUAAGACUUUCUCUUUCUACAAGCUGGAAGCCUGGUUGAGAACCUGUUUGACCGGGAAUCCAUUUGGUACAUCUGCUUGCCUCAAGUCUGGAAAGAAAUUGGCUUGGGCUCAUCAAGUUGAAGGUACGACCAAAAGAGCUAAGAUAGCAUGUAAUACUCAUGUGGCCCCUAGGAUGCACCGUAUGGUGGUAAUGAGCCAGGUUUACAAGCAGACAUUGGCCAAGAGCUCAGAUACUCUGGUGGGGGCACAUGUGAAGAUUCAUCGUUGCAACGAAUCUUUUAUAUAUCUGCUCUCUCCCUUGCGAUCUGUGACAAUUGAGAAAUGUAGGAAUAGCACCUUUGUCUUGGGCCCUGUAGAGACUGUUCUUCAUCUCCACAGCUGUGACAACGUUAAAGUCAUUGCUGUUUGCCAUCGUUUGUCCAUCUCUUCUACAGCAGGUUCCAUCUUUCACAUUCUGACACCUACACGUCCACUUAUUCUCUCUGGGAACCAGACAGUAACUUUUGCCCCUUUCCAUACCUAUUACCCAAUGCUAGAGGACCAUAUGGCCAAGACUGGCCUUGCUACAGUACCUAAUUAUUGGGAUAAUCCAGUGAUUGUGUGCAGAGAGAACAACAAUACAAGUGUCUUCCGGCUUUUACCACCUUGUGAGUUCUAUGUAUUUAUUAUCCCCUUUGAAAUGGAAGGGGACACAACAGAGAUACCUGGGGGUCUUCCAUCUGUAUAUCAGAAAGCACUGGGUCAAAGAGAGCAGAAGAUACAGAUCUGGCAGAAAACUGUGAAGGAGGCUCGUUUGACAAAGGAUCAAAGGAAGCAGUUCCAGAUACUUGUGGAGAACAAGUUUUAUGAAUGGUUGAUUAAUACAGGACAUCGCCAACAGCUGGACACCCUUGUACCCCCUGCAGCAGGUUCCAAACAAGCAGCAGGAUAGGGCUCCUGUAUCAAAACACUGCGCUCUGGAACCAUGAGGACAAAUGGAGGAUGGUGCCCAUCUUGAAACUUAAGUUGGGAAGACGCUCUUACUGUUUAAGAGACUGUGGGGCUUUUUCUUCCUAUUGAAGACCUUUCCUUGAUUUUCAUUCUGUUCUCAGUUAUUACUGUUUAGGGUGAAUUUUAGCUAAACUUCUGAUUUACCUAUAAACAUACUGUUUGUAGAACAACAGAACAUCUUUGUGAUGCCAAAAUGAAAAAGUUGAUGAAGGCAGUCCCAUUGUAUAUGUGUUAAAAUUAAAGUGAUUGAGUGUAGAUUUGCAAAUAUAUUUCAUAUUUUAAUUUGUAUCAUGAAAGGGUUUCAUCCUUUCUAGAGUUAAGUAAGAGUUUUAUAGUUCUUUGUAACUAUUUAAAAGGAAAUUACUACUCAUUUUAAAAAAUAAUAGAAUGAAAGUAUGAUUUGUUGGUGUAUA